AAAGUAUAAUCUGGGUUUUAGCCGCCACCAUAAUUGAAAUGGAUAAAUGAAAUUGUAUUUUAACGUCACAAUACCAAUUUUCCCGAGUUGAAAACAGCUCGAGGUGUAGGGACUAUUUAUCUUGACCAAAUUAGUGUAGUCCUGAACUGCUUUUAUAUUUGUGGAGGUAGAUGUCGCACAAUGAUUGUUUCCCCGAGCAUUGAUUGAUCGGUUUAUUUCUGCAACAAUAACCAUUCAUCAAUGAGUUAUUAAUGAAGUAACAAUUGCAAUUCGUGCAGCAGCUCGGCACUUCUUACUCUCAGACAAAUAUACAAGCAUGUUCGGGGUUUUGGGUGUUGUUUGUCAGUUUUUUGUUGUGUUUUUGAGAAUUGUUCGUAAAUCAAAGAAAAUGAUUGUCAUUUUGUCUUUUGAGGUCAAAGGUGGGAAAAAAUCAUCACAACAUUGGGCGAUUUUCGACAUCCAAAGUCCAGACAUGAGUUCAUCUCUGCUAAAUCUACUUUUGGUUGGAGCUUCUCGUACCGUCCGAUUGUUUUCUUCACAAAGCCGAUCGCUAUGGACUUGCAAUGCCCAGAGAAUGGAUGAAGUGCAGAGGGCAAAAGAUGCUGCUGCAAAUCAAGCAGCUACUGCUACUAUUUUCAGCAAAAUAAUUGAUAAAUCCAUUCCUGCCAAUAUAAUUAUGGAAGAUGACAAGUGUAUCGCAUUUCAUGAUGUUUCUCCACAAGCUCCAGUUCAUGCUCUUGUCAUUCCAAAGAAACCCAUCCCUAGACUAAGCGAAGCAACUGUUGAUGACACACUUUUGUUAGGUCACCUGAUGAACACUGCAAGACUAGUGGCCAAUGAACUCAAGUUAAAGGAAGGAUUCCGCAUUGUCAUAAAUGAUGGCAUUCAUGGUUCACAGUCAAUUUAUCAUUUGCAUAUUCAUGUGUUAGGUGGGAGACAAAUGGGAUGGCCGCCAGGAUGAUCUCCAAUUCAAUUUUUUUGACUUUUCCAAUUAAUAUUAUGAUCCGACUGGCACUGUUUUUCAACUUCCUACAAUGAUGAGCAUACAACUUUACAGACAGAAUAAAACAUCUAAUAUGCCAAGCAUUAGAUA